UGUUGCUCAAGGAUAUAUAAGCGAGGAGGAGAGCAGCUAGUGGCAUUCACUCAAGUCCGCCUUGGUUUUCACUCGCCUCAACGCAGCGCAAAGAAUAAAAAAUGGCCUUCGCUGGUGUCCUCAAUGAUGCUGAAGUCAAAGCCGCUCUGGACGGCUGCGCCGCUGCUGACUCCUUCGACUACAAGAAGUUCUUCAAGACGUGCGGCCUGGCUGCCAAGAGCAGCGAUGAGGUCAAGAAGGCCUUCGGCGUCAUUGACCAGGACAACAGCGGCUUCAUUGAGGAGGAGGAGCUGAAGCUGUUCCUGCAGAACUUCUCUGCUGGUGCCAGAGCUCUGACUGACAAGGAGACCAAGACUUUCCUGUCCGCUGGUGACAGUGAUGGUGAUGGCAAGAUCGGAGUUGAUGAGUUUGCUGCCCUUGUUAAGGCAUAAAUUUCCAUUGACCAAGAUCUACUUCUUUUCAUGGAACUGCGAACUCCUCGCAAGAUUCAAUAUUCAUCAGCUGAAAGAAUAUUUUUUAUACCUUAUUUAUGAAUGCCUGCGGACUAUUUCUCAACAUGGAACACAUAUUUUACUGUUGUCAUUCAAAUGUGUUAUGUUUUGAAAAAAUGACUUGUGCAAACUGUACAACACCAUCUGCACACUUGAGGCAGAGUGAAAAACCAGGAAUAAAUACUCUUUUGGUGUAAAGUGAA